CCGAAGAAGCCAUGUGGAGAGCGGCCACGUCCCUUGGUGGGAGCACCGGAGGCAUAAAGCCCCACUAACAGGAGAUCAUUAUUUGCGUCUUCUUGGAGGAAAAAGAUCCGUCGAUGAGGAAACAAAUAGAGACGAGAUGGUAGAGAAUGGCCGCACCCGACCUUCUUGACCCAAAAUCUGCUGCCCACAACUCCAAACCUCGCCUGUCAUUCUCGGUCAGCCCAGUGCUGCUGAACACUCCAGAGGAUGAGUGUGACACCCGGACUACAGUCAUGAGGUGGAAAACUGUGUCAGCGAUCUUCUUCUUGGUGGUGCUUUACCUCAUUAUUGGGGCGACGGUGUUCAGAGCGCUGGAGCAGCCCCACGAGAGCUCCCAGAAGCUGGCCAUCCUCGCAGAAAAACUGGACUUCUUGGCCAUGCACUCCUGUGUAAACUCCUCUGAGCUGGAGGAUUUGGUGAAGCAAGUGGUUUCAGCAGUCCGAGCAGGUGUGAACCCUUCAGGAAAUUCAUCCAACCACAUGAGCCUCUGGGACAUCAGCUCCUCCUUUUUCUUUGCUGGGACUGUUAUCACCACAAUCGGAUUUGGGAACAUCUCUCCUCACACAGAAGGUGGGCGGAUCUUCUGUAUAAUUUACGCUCUGCUUGGGAUUCCCCUAUUUGGAUUCUUAUUGGCUGGUGUCGGGGACCAGUUGGGGACCAUUUUUGGGAAGGGCAUCGCCAAAGUAGAGAAGAUGAUUGUGAAGUGGAAAGUCAGCCAGACAAAGAUCCGCGUCAUCUCCACUCUGAUCUUCAUUCUGUUCGGGUGCCUCAUCUUCGUGGCUCUGCCAGUCAUCAUCUUCAAGCACAUCGAGGGCUGGAGCACGCUAGAGUCCAUCUAUUUUGUCGUCAUAACCCUCACCACAAUCGGCUUUGGAGACUUUGUCGCCGGGGAAAAAGACAGCUCAGAGUUUCUGAACUACUACAAGCCCGUGGUGUGGUUCUGGAUCCUGGUGGGCCUUGCCUACUUUGCUGCUGUGCUCAGUAUGAUUGGAGACUGGUUCCGAGUCAUCUCCAAAAAAACUAAAGAGGAGGUUGGAGAGUUUCGAGCUCACGCAGCCGAGUGGACAGCAAACGUGUCGGCAGAGUUCAAAGAGACCCGGCGGCGACUCAGCGUUGACAUCUAUGACAAGUUCCAACGUGCUGCAUCCAUCAAGCGCAAGCUGUCAUCCGAGCUGGGUAUAAACACGACCCUCAACCAGGAAUUGACCCCUGGCAAAAGAACGCUGUCCGUCAACCUGUAUGAGGACAGAGAGGCCUGCCCCAACUCGACUCUCUCCCUCAGUCCCAUCACGGGGACCCUGGCCAGGAAUGGCAGCUUCUACCUGAACGGCCUCAGCCCAGACUACGCUGACCGGCAGGAGAUUGCCAUCAUCGAAAAUCUAAAAUAAGACGCGGCAUGAAAAUGAGAUUCAGGAAACUGAAUGAAACUCAUCUGUUAGCGGACAGAGCUUACAAACACAUGCCCACUUUUUUGCUUAUUGUCUGAGCAUCUGU